CUGUACCCUCACACAGCCGCAACAUGUUAUAAACACUGAAGACCACUUUCGGACAAUUCUUCUUCUACGUCUGUCCACCUCACUCAAAACAACCAUCAACUAUAAUGUCGUACCCCAACAACCAGCAGUAUCCGGCGCCUGGAGGCCCUCCUCCUCCCCAGCAAGGCUACGGUCAACCGCCAGCAGGCCAAUACCCGCCAGGCCAAUAUCCUCCGCCCUCUUAUCCUCCUCAGCAGCAGGCCUGGGGUGCACCGCCCAACCAGCAGUACCCCCCUCAGGGAUACCCGCCGCAACAGUACCCUCCCCCGCAACAGCCCUACGGGCAGCCUCCCCAGGGCCAAUAUCCCCCACCUCAAGGCCAAUAUGGCGCGCCCCCGCCUGGCCAAUACCCUCCCCCUCAGCAACAGUGGGGCCAACCGCCUGCCGGUUACGGUUCUCCAGCACCUCCCCCGGGCCAGUAUCCUCCUCAAGGCUACCCACCUCAGCAGCAGCAGCAGCAAUAUUAUGGGGCGCCUCCGCCAGGGCAAUAUGGAGGUUACCCGACUCAGGCAAUCCCACCAUCUCCGGGCUACGGACCUGCACCCCAGAAUAUCAAUGUCACGGCGCAGGUUGAGGGGCUGUACAAGGCGAUGAAAGGCUUCGGCACGAAUGAGAAACAGCUUAUCGCAAUUCUCCCCAAACUGGACCCAAUCCAGGUCAACGCUGUUCGCGCUCAGUACAAUCAGAGGUACCACGAGGAUUUGAUCAAGCGGUUGGAAAGCGAGACUUCGGGCAAUUUCGAGGAUGCCCUGGUUCAAAUCGCACGCGGGCCCCUUCUCAGCGAUGUGUGGAACCUCCGGGCAGCCAUGAAGGGCAUGGGUACAAAGGAAUCGGUCCUCAACGACGUCCUGAUCGGGAGGAGCAAUGCCGACAUCAACGCCAUCAAGCGCGAAUAUCAGCAAGUCCACGGAAGAUCGCUCGAGGGCGAUCUCAGGAGCGAUCUGUCCGCCGCCACCGAACAGAUGUUCAUCAUGAUAGUAUCUGCCCAGCGAAGCGAAGAGGUGGACCCGGUCAACCCGCAACAGGUCGAGCGCGACGUCGCAGAACUACAGGGAGCCUUUGGCAACUUCAUGACCAAGAACUCUGUCAAGGCCUGUCAGAUCCUGACAAGCAGGAGUGACGCACAGAUCCGUGCUAUUGCUCAGAGAUAUGAGCAACAGUACGGCCAGCCUUUCGUGAAGACUCUGAAGCGGACUUUUGAUGGCCACAUGGAGCAGGCUCUGCUUCUGCUUGUUGCCCGUGCGCAGAAUCGUGCACUCAGUGACGCCGAGCAGCUCGAGGAUGCCAUGGCUGGUCUGGGUACAAAUGAUACCCUCCUCAUCCAGCGAGUCGUUCGCGCACAUUGGGAUAAGCAGCACAUGCAGCGCGUCCGCUCCGAGUACCAGAGACGGUACGGUAAAGAUCUCGUCAAGCGGAUCAAGGGCGAGACGAGGGGUGACUACGAGAAGACGCUGGUUGCCUGUGUUGAGUAGGGCGUCAAAUUUUUACUCUUCGUUGAUUUCUUAUUAUUGUAUUUGAUUUCCGAGUUGUUUCUGCUUGGGUUUCGGGGUAUACCCACGGUUUACGGAUUGGGAUCGGGGUUCUAGACGGGUGGGAAAGUGUUGUUUCUAUUCGGACGAUGAUACGUAUACAUGCAGUGAGCCUUCGGUGAGAGUCGGAUGGCUUUCAAUUGUCGCCGCCGUGUUUCUCUGCAUCGAGGGAUGUACUGAUAAUGGCACUACGAAGUUUACGUAUUCUUUCCAGUUCCUUCAUGAUGUAAACGAAUCCUCAGUGAUUGAACAAGUCAAUUGU